UUAAUUAGGCGCAUGGGGCCAUGGCAACGUACCACAACUGUUAUCAAAUCAAAGUUCAACAGCAUUGUUUGGCUGUUGAAGUUGUGUUGCAUUGGAGUGAAGGAAUUUAGUUUUCGACCUUGAAUUCAAAAUCUUCAGCGUAAAGAAAUUAAUCGUAAUAUUACAGAAAAUUGCACGUGAAGAAUGUCCUCUAAAAUUGCUCCCCUUGAAAAGCCCACGCUUGAGGCUAUGUUCACCUCGUACGCCAAGUACCGGCCGACAUCAAAUACCUUCCAAGGGGACGGCAAGCGCAUGUUGCUGUCCCAAAGCGACGCCUGGAUGCAACAAGCCCGGCUUAUCGGGGAGAAGCGGUUCUUCACACUGACCGAUACGGGGGUUACUUUUUUCACGUUUGGCAAAUCUUCAUUGGAUUUCGAAGAAUAUAAACUGUUUUUGGAACGGCUCUGUGAAACGAAGGGCAUUGGUUUGGAUGAAGUGAAAAACUGCAUGGUUACCUGUGGUCCACCUGGAAUGGUUUCCUGACAGUUCGGGAGCCAUACGUUGGUUGCGUAUCUGAAUCACAUCAUUGGAGACUGAGUUCAACGACAGCUAUAAAGGGUUCAUGCACAUAUUUCAUAACGCCAAAAGUGGCAAAGUUCAAAACCCACCCACCCACUCGUAACGCUUUUUGUAUGAAUACUAUACCAAUUUUGUAUGAGCCGUACCAACACGAGGACACCCACCCACCCCUACAGCGUAAUGAAAUUGAAACCCAAAAAUGCCUGAGGAAAUGUGUUCGAAUGUACAUUUAUUGAUAUAAUAACUAAUUGUGUCUUUAAUAUUUAAUAUUUGUGUAUCAAACUAUACAUUUAAAAAAAAA